AUGUCAUACUACUUUACCAUCCUCUCACCAACCGAUACCCCGAUAUUCAACAUCGCCUUCGGCACAUCCAAAAGUGGCGGCGAUGGCAUUGCCCGCUUCCGGUUCCCGGACACCGCGCAGUACAUGAACCAAUUCAUCAUCCACUCGAGUCUGGAUAUCGUCGAAGAAACCCAGUGGACAAAUGGUGGAAUGUACCUCAAACAUAUCGAUACCUACCCCCCAGCCGCAGCUUAUAUCUCCGCCUUCCUAACUCCCAGUGGAGCGCGCUUCCUCCUCCUACACCAACCCCCACAACUCCCCGCGAGCAACUCAAGUAGUCUCGGUGCGUCUUCGCUUUUGGGCGCGUCUGGUUCCACCACCCGUGCUUCGUCGAGCUCUAUCGCUGCGAACCCGACUUCGCCGCAGACUGAGGAAGCGGUGCGCCAGUUCAUGAAUGAGAUCUACGAGAGCUAUGUGAAGACCGCUAUGAGCCCGUUCUACAAGCAGGGGAUGGAGAUUCGGAGUCCGGUCUUUCGGACGAAGGUUACGGCCGCGGGAAAGAAGUGGCUGUAG